AUGAUUCUUUGUCUUUAGAAAAUCAAAGUUAAUUUUCACUUUAAUUAAAAUAAUAAUUUGAUAUUAAUUAUUAGAAUUUGAGAAAUAAAGAGAAAUAAAUUAAUAAUCAAUCUUCAAAUGAAAUUAUAAAUAAAUUUAAUUAAAAACUAUCUCAAAAAAUAGUGAUUCCACUUAAUUUUGUUUAAUAACAUUAAUAAUUGCAAAUUGAUUAGAAAUUACUUCAACAUUACUUUGAUAAUUGUUAAAAUUCAAAUCAAAUAAAAAAUAGUUAAAAUAUAUCUAUUUUAUUACUUGAUAGUUUAUAUUAAUGUAUGAAUCCAAGUGAGGAAAUAAUAAGAUCAUUUUAAUUAUUUAAUAUAUUAUUUGGUAUUCCAACAAUAGAUAUUGUUCACUUUCUAUAAUUGCAAUCAAAUUAUUUGAUAUCAUUAAAAGAUGUUAUGAAUAUUCCAAAAAUAAAAAAUAUAAGAGGAUUACGUUUAAGUUUAUAUUUAGAAUAAUUUAAAAUAUAUUUUACAUAAGUAGAAUUUAGAGAAUAACAAAUAUCUUAAUAAUAAUAAAAUUUAAUUUAAAAUGUCUUUAUUAGUUUAAAUAUAAAACCUAAUACUUAUAAAAAGAUUAAAUUAAAUCAAAAUGAUUGGAUUGAUAGAUUUACAGAUUGGAGAAUUAAUAAAUCUUAACCAUAACCAUUAUAUGAAAUUUAAUGGUGGAAAGAAUUAUACAAUGAAUAAAAAAAUUAUUAGAUAGUGUCAUCAUAAUAUGCUGCAUUAAUAUACUAUUUACUUAAGAAAACUGAAUAACCACUCAAAGAAUAUUAAAAACUGUAUGAAUAUUUACAUAAUAAUCUUGAUACAUAUACAAUAAUUUUAUUAAAUAUCAUACUUAGUAAAUAAAAAAAAGUGUCAGAAUAAUUAAAAAUAAUUGGACGUGCUGUUAUUACAAAAUUAUUGAAAUCUUCAAUAUCUAAACAAUUGAUAUUUAGUAUCCUAAAGACAUUUAGAGAUAAAGUGUUUUAGAAAGAAGAAAUGUUAAGAGUUUAGUAAAUACUAGGAAAAUUGGAAUAUUUUAAUAAUUUAAAUAGUAAGGAUGUUAAUGAUGUUGAUGUACAUAUAGACAAAAAACAGUUUAUUUAAGCUGCAAAAAUCAUAAUAGAAAAAAAUUUGGAGAAUCAAUACUAUACUAUUUUAAAUGAAACUAUAUUGCCUUAUUUAAUUAUUUGUGAUUAUUAUAAUGAAAAUGAUUUAAGAGUGAUUAUUAAUCAUAUAAUCAAAAAUAAUAAUUGUAAAGAAAAUGAUAUAAUAAUAAUAUGUUAAGUAUGAUUAUAUUUUAGUUUAGAUGUAUUUAAAAGAAAGGAAUAUAGAUGAGUCAUUAAUUAUGAAAUGA